AUGGGCUUAGAGAGAACGCUGGAAAAUGACAUCGAAGCACUCGAGGCCAAAGAUCGCCAUGAUGCAUGUUCAUCAGAACAUGGACCUAUCAUUCAGAAGACAGAUGCUCCCGUAGAGACUACAAAGCCAAGCAAUGGACGCCCACCGCACAGGUCAGGGACUGGCGCCUCUGCAUUUGGCGAUCAUUUCAGUGUCACCAACAAUGGCGAACUCAGCUGGUACAUUGCUUCAUUUGCCCUCAUCACCGGAACGUUCAUCCUCGUCGCCGGUCGGUUAGGGGACAUGUACGGCUUAAAACGAAUAUUAAUCAUUGGCUUCUUGAUCUAUGGCCUGUGGUCGCUGAUUGCUGGGGCUUGGUAUUUUCUUCGAUCGAUUGACAAGUUGUUUGUCGUUGCUCGUGCACUCCAGGGAAUCGGCGCAUCUCUGCUUCUCCCCAAUGCUGUUGCUAUUCUUGGGCGGACUUACCCACCCGGAAUGCGGAAGAGCAUGGUUAUGAGCCUCUUCGGAGCCUUUGCCCCUGGUGGCUAUAUCCUUGGCUUCUUGUUUUCUUCGAUCUUUGCCCAGUUCACCAUAUGGGUUUGGGCCUACUUCGCUAUGGCCAUUGCCUGUGCUGUUCUUGCCACGAUGGCACACUUCGUCAUCCCCGCAUCUCCACCAAAACCGAAUAUCGAUCGUACUUUUGACUGGCUCGGCUUUGGUUUGGGUUUUGCUGGGCUGGUUCUUUUCAAUGUUGCCUGGAAUCAAGGUCCAACUGUAGGCUGGCCAACUCCCUACGUCUAUGUCCUUCUCAUCCUAGGCGUCCUCGCAUUUGUAGCAUUCGUCAUAGUGGAGAUUCGGACUGAAAGACCCCUUGUUCCUGUUCAGCAACUUAACUUACACAUCGCAUUUCAAUUUCUUGAGGAGCUAAGAGGCGUCACCCCAUUAUUAGCAACAGCGCAAAACACUCCUUCCGCCAUAUCUGGGUUUGUUGCAUCUGUGACCACUGGUAUUCUUAUUGGAAAGAUUGGUGUUCCUCCAAUCAUGAUUCUCGCCAUGUUGGCUUUCUUGAUUUCAAACAUCCUUGUUGCGACGAUGCCGGGUAUGGACAUGUCGUUCCCCGCCGCGGUUAUCAUGCUUUCCGCCGCUGUUCCGCCUGAGCAUCAGGGCAUUGCUGCCAGUUUAGCCCUAACAACAACCAACUACGCGAUGAGUAUCGGACUUGGUAUUGCUGGCACUGCUGUUAGUAGCCUCAGUGAUGGUUCAGACUUGCUUGCCGAUUGUCGUCAUGCGUGGUACAUGGGCAUCGGGCUCAGUGGCCUCGGCAUGGUCAUUUCCAUGAUAUCUUUGCUUUACGAGCGACGACACCCAACACUGAAGCCCCAUUAG